UCUUCUAGCUUCUGAAUCUGCACGCCUUGCCUCAUUAAUAUUUUUUGCAAUCUUUAUUUCCCGCUUCUCCCUUCCUCCCUCCGUUAUUUAAAGCUCCUUUUUAUUUUUUAGCGAGAUUCCGAGACAAUGACCCGAGUAAUCUCGCGUGCCGCCCGGCGUGUGGCUCGCAGUCCCAUUGAAACCAUUGCGUACUGCACAAUUGCGGUGGUGUGCGCGUGCUAUUUCGUGUGGCAGUCGGUCAAGCAGGACAAGCUCUUCUCCAACGGCGACAGGGCCACGAUGUUCCCGACGCACUCUAUCAACUACUCACGGGCCAGCGCCUCCUCUCCCUUCAGCCUCAGCGAAGCCUCAGAGGGCUCGGCGCACAAGCUCCAGCUGUACACAGUAUCCGUGCACAAUUCGAUUUCGACCCGGUCCCAGACGGUGCAGACAAAUAAUGUCAAGAACAUUUCGGGCGUGUUCAAGAAAAUCCAGUCGGCCAAGAUACCCGGCGGCGUGCAAUAUGCAGAUAUCGCGUUUGCCGAUGUGUGCGCCAGGGAUGACCAGGGCUCGUGCCUGGCAAUGUCCCCACAAUCGCUGCUUGUGUUUGCACUGAAUGCCACCACCGACGAGCAGCACGCUAUGGCAAAGCAGUGGACGUCAGGCGUGGGCAAGAUGUUGGCAGAGAGCGGUCUGCAGCUUCUGGAUGCAGGCGAUGCGUCAAGCGACAUGCACAGCAGUGGCAGGCCCACGGUCCUGCUGCAGGUUGUGAACCGCGUGUACCUGCUGCUGGGGCAGGCCACGGUAGGCGAGGUUCUGCUGGUGUUUAUGAGCUACGCGAUCACGUUUGCGACGUUUAUCAACACGUUUGCGACGAUGCGGCGGUACGGGUCGCAGGUGACGCUGGCGCUGUCGGUGAUGUUCUCGGGCUUCUCCGCAUUCGUAUUUGCGAUCCUGGUCGCGCAGUUGCUGGGGGUCAAAAUCAGCGCGGUGCUGCUGACGGAGGCGCUGCCGUUCCUGAUUAUCUGCGUGGGCUUUGACAAGUCGCUGACACUGACGCGCUCGGUGCUGCUGGCAGCGUAUGGGGACCGCAUGAACAGGCGGGGGUCGUCUGGCAAUGCGGAAUCUGGCGAGGCGGCCAAUGGGGAUGUGCAUACGACUGCGACUCCGGCGCAGAUCCAAUCGCAAAUCACUCGAGGAGUGGACAAGUGUGCGAGCCGGCUGGUGAAGGACUAUCUUUUCGAAAUCAGCAUUCUGGCGAUUGGCGUGUGCUCGCGCGUCGGGCAGCUGUACGAGAUGUGCGUGGUGUCCUCUCUGCUGCUUCUGUUUGACGGCUUCUUCUUGUUCACGCUGUACACGGCUAUCCUGACGCUGAAGCUGGACGUGAUUCGGGUGCGCGCGCACGGCAGAAAGCAGGCGUCGAGAUCCAGCAUCACGGAUACCUUUGAGAAUGAUGUUGUCGGCGACGAGGCCAGCCCGGCGCUGUACAAGCAGAUUGUGCUGAAGGCGCUGACGGACGACGAGGCGCGUGGCGAGAACAAAACUAUCUGGCGGCUCAAGUCGCUGGUGCUGGGCGGGCUUAUUCUGAUUUCGGUCAUCGAGUCUGGUGUUAUGUCGACCUCGUUCCUGACCAAGUCCCUGGGCUGGGGCGUCCAGAGCAGCCACGAUAUGAUCAACCAGCUGGCAAAGCAUCUGGUGCCGCUGGUGGCCGGCAGCAAGCCGCGCGCUGUGCAAGUGACCUAUCCUGCCGUUCUGGCCUUGAUCGUUGCCAUUUCGCUGGGUGCCAACAUCUACCUGGCCAUGUUCAGGGGCGCGGCGGUGGGACCUGCCGCGCACAGGUAUGGUGCCAGCCAUGAAUUCUACGAUGCAGUGCGGUCGUCGAGCGGCGCGCCAAGCGUGGCUUCGACCGACGACGGAUACACUGAGGAUGCAGUCUCCGAGCGCAGCGCGGCUUCGACCGCAAAUACCGGUUCCCGUAUUGAGCAGGCCACUCGCAAGCUGCGCGGUGGGGUCAGCAGCGAGGGCGCCCCUGCGCACGGCAUUGCUUUGCACUCGACCUCGGCACUGUCGUCCCUCGUACCGCGCAUUGACUCGACCACGGACAUGGUCCUGAAGCGGUCGCCGUCGAUGCUGGUCAGCGCGCACGGCAAGCAGGCGCUUCAGGAGGCCGAUGCCCAUUCGCCCGAGGUGGACCCUGAGCACGUGCGGUCUUUGGAGGUGUGCAAGGUAGUACUGGAGUCGGAGGGCGCCAAGAUGCUGAACGAUGCGGAGGUGAUGACGCUGGUGCAGGCGAACGUGAUCCCUGCAUAUGCGCUGGAGAAGAAGCUGAACGACGACAUCCGCGCGAUCAAGAUGCGGCGGGCGAUCAUUUCGCGCGCCUCCAAGACCGGCACCCUGGAGACGUCGAAGCUGCCGUUCACUGGCCAGUGCUGCGAGAACGUCCCGAUCCGGAUUGACGGCGAGCUUCUGCAUAUCCCAAUGGCGACCACCGAGGGCGCCCUGGUCGCGUCGACAUCGCGUGGCUGCAAGGCAAUCACUUUGGGCGGCGGAGCUCGCACGAUGCCCGAUGUGGUGAGGGCGGGCGAGCUGAAGAUCUGGCUGGAGAGCGAGGAGGGCUUUGCGAUGGUGCGCGAUGCGUUCCAGUCGACGAGCCGGUUUGCCAAGCUGCUGAAUCUGAAGGUGGCGCUGGCCGGACGGCUCUUGUACGUGCGGUUCACAACCUUUACCGGCGACGCCAUGGGCAUGAACAUGAUCUCCAAGGGCUGCGAGAAGUCAUUGGUGCUGAUCCAGGAGCAGUUCCCGGACUGCGAGAUCAUCUCGGUAUCGGGCAACUACUGCACGGACAAGAAGCCGGCGGCCAUCAACUGGAUCGACGGCCGCGGCAAGUCCGUGGCGGCCGAGGCGGUGAUUCCCGGCGACGUCGUGCGCAGGGUCCUGAAGACCACCGUCGACGACCUGUGCCGGCUCAACAUCUCCAAGAACCUGAUCGGCUCGGCCAUGGCCGGCGCCAUGGGCGGCUUCAACGCCCAUGCAGCCAACACAUUGACCGCCAUCUACCUGGCCACGGGCCAGGAUCCGGCACAGAACGUCGAGUCGUCGACCUGCAUCACGCUGAUGGAGCCGGCCAAUGACGGCCGCGACCUGCGCAUCUCGUGCAGUAUGCCCAGUGUUGAGGUCGGCACUAUCGGUGGCGGCACGACACUGCCGCCGCAGGCCGCCUGCCUGGACAUGCUGGGCUGCCGCGGCCCGCACAGAGAUGUGCCUGGUUCCAAUGCCCAGAAGCUGGCACGCAUUAUCUGCGCGUCGGUGAUGGCGGGCGAGCUGUCGCUGUGCGCAGCCCUGGCAGCCGGCCAUCUGGUGAAGAGCCACAUUGCUCUAAACCGCGCGGUGCCGGCGACCCCCGCAAACACCCCCAGCGCCGUCACCCCGGCGCCGUCGGUGGCCAAUAUUCCGGCGAUGAAGGCCAUCCGGAAAGAGUUGGCUGGCGAACAGUAAUCGAAUGGUAGCCCUGGCCUUAAAAUCAAUAUUUCUAUUUCCUCAUGUCGUUCAUAGCUCCACUUUUUCUAUUAAAUCUUGCAAAACAUAAGCAGUCUCCCUACCAAAACGCGAGGCAAACGGGGUUUUGCUUACAUGGAGAUGAGCUGGCAUCGUGAGUGUAGAAGUACAUGCUGUGUAUCAUAUCUGAAGUUACCCAAGGAGCUAAGAAUCAGUAAGCCCUAUGUCGUUGAUUUGGUAGCCGUAUGAGCCAUACAUCCCUGUAUGUCUACGCUGUCACAAGGAUAUGGAGCUGUACAGGGCCCAAUGACAAAUACACACUUUGCG